CUGCUCAAAAGGUCCAUCCUAAUGGACACGGUGUAUUAAAAAUGUAAAGAGUGGUGUCGUCCGCAUACAGAGACAGUUCAGACAUCUGGUCAGCUAAAUAUCAGCAUUAAAUCCAUUUAAAAAAAAGGCUUUAUUGAGGAUCAGAUCUACAGUAAAACCACAUCUGAGACAUGAUUUAUGCAGAUCCCCAGAGAAUAUAUGCAGAUCCAACACACUGUAGCAGGUUGUCUUACAUUUGUUUCUUAUGUAAAUCCUUGCAUUGCUUGUUUUGACACACUGAUAUUAUUUAUAUCAAACCUAUCGUUUUAUCUGGAUAGAGGCACAGAGGAGCUUUUAACCCACCACCCACUCAUAAUAUGUGGGGAUUAAAAAUGAACAAACCCCCCACACAGAGAGACAUCCAAGUGACAGACUUCAGAAAAACAUCAACUGAGUCUUUUUUUUAAAAUGUUUUUCCACCGGCUUCUUUCUGUUCCGCUGCGGAACGCCGGACUCCGCAGCUGAUGGCAAGAGUUCUACUUUUCCGGACGCCAAAGCAUGCCGGAUAAAUUCAGCACAGAUUAACCCGUACUGGAAAGGAAGUCGGGCACAGACACAAAAUAAAACAUCCGGCUUCUUUUCGAAAUAAAACACUCUGUGUUUCAGGCGGACCGUAUUUCACAUCGUGCAAAGAGGCAGGGACGAACAAGUGAAAGGUUUACAGACAGCAUUUCAACCCCAAUGACACUAUGGAUGAGAGGAUGUCGAUAUCGCAAUUGCAUGCGAAUCUGCGGGUUCUUGUGAGUUCUUGCGAUUCCUGCUGUCCGUAAUCUGCCACGAAAUUGGCCUCACAAACGGACCCGGUAGGAAUAGGCGUAUGGCGAGAAUCGCUGCGGUUCCGGAUCGGAGCCAUUUCUGAUGCGGUGGAAAUCCCAGGUAACGCUGUUAUCAAACUUUAUAUGCAGCCAAAGCAAAAAAAAAAAACUCAAAAGUUCCCAACUAUUUUGUGUGUUACCUGCUCUAUGAUCUGCUCCAGAUGCAGACAGCUAGAUAAAGAGUAAGUAUUAUGAUGCCAACAGACACAACUUGAUUUAUCUUGAUGGUUUCUGGGAUGUAGUUAUAAGUCCGGGACAUGGGUCAAAUCAAAAGGCAUGUCAAAGAAAGUUUUCUUUGACAUUAUGAUUUGUUCUCAUCCUGCUGCUGGUGAUGAUGUUAUUAGCUUUCUGACAUUGGAAAUGGGACACAAUGACGUGAUUGACAGCUCUGUUGACGAAUGAGGCUCCUACCGGCUGUGUGAAGUCGAUUAGCUGGAAGAGCACGGUGUCACUGAACUUUUCAUAACCCGGAGUUUCUGCCUCAAGCAAACUGAAGAAGCUAUUAGCCUGUGGUUUGUACUGACCUGAGGGAUCCUUACUGUUUUAUCAGUAAGUUGAAUGUGUGUUUUUGUUUUCAGACGGGGUGAGACAUCAAUACUGCAAGUCCAACAAACUCCAAAGUGCAGACUCUGGCUCCAAAUGUGCAUUAUGUUAGACGUGCUGUCCUUCUUUAAAUGCAGUCAUUGGUGUAAACACUCGGGCAUAUUUGCAUUCAGAGAGUUAGCAUAUGAAUAAAAUAUAAAAUAAAGUAAAUGGUAAAGGGAGAUGGGAACUUUUGGAAACCGUGGGAUGACUGCAAAAGAUGAUAACAGCAAGGACAGAGUGGACGAAUGCCGACUGGUGAGCAGGUCAAGUGUUCAUUUAACAGUGUAAUCUCUGGAAAAAAGGCAGGAUAAUGGGGCUUCAGAUUAGCAGUGUGUGUCUGUGUCUGUGUGUGUGGAAGGGAGAGGGUGGGUGCGUCUGCUCCAGAUUAGCAGCAACAUAACAGAGUGUGAUUAUGACAGUGAAAAGAUGAGAACAGAGGAGGGUUAGGCAACAAUGUGAGGCAUCUGAAUUUCAAUCACACACACAAACAGGCGGCAGAAUCAGCUGACUGUCUUCUUAUCUUUGAAUAAAUGAAAACAGAUGAUUGUUGCAGACACACAGAGAUUAACGGGAUAACAUCUGGCCUUAUCAUCCUUAAAUCCUGUUGUGUGUCUGCGCUAAUUCUCCCAAAAAAUAUAUCAACGUGUGGGGAUCAAGUGAGAACGGAAGUGCGCUCUGGUUUCAGUGUCAGUGUAAAUUGUGGACGUGGUUUCAAAGCCAUCAGGACCAGCAUACACAAGACUGUACGAACUUCAACAUCAAACUAAUUACAAAAAAUACAACAAAAGAGGGCAGCGAAUUAAAGAAUAUAUGGGAGAAAAAUAGCAUUUCCUUAAAUGGCCACUUGAGGCCAGCUCCAAAAAGUGAGUCAAUCCCCCUUAGGUUACAAUGCCAAACUUCAGCAGCAAAAAUAAACAUUUUACCGCCAAUUAAGGAGAAUCUGUUUGGGGUUUUUAAAAAGCUUGUUCUGUGCACUGGUGAUUAACUUUCAUACAACUCCUCUGUGUAAUACAUCUUUGUGCUUGAAGAAAAUUUAUAUUGCUUUGGAUGACAGUCUGCUUCCAGCACUGUAGAAUAACCUCUUCUCCCUGAAGGCGACAUACCUGUAAUCUUUUUUGGCAGACACUUGAGAUUGUAAAGUUUUGAUGUCAGUUUUUGCAAAGCUGUGGUUUUCCGUGCAGCUCUACCACCUGUCCAUAUAUGGUCAUAUACAAAAAACAACUGUUAUUGCACUUCUACAAGAGCUGUGUCCAAAACUGUACACUACUGAGUCUUAAGCCCAUUUCAAACUCAUACUAUGUAAUUUUGUGUGUGAGAGAAAUGUAUGUAUGUAUAUCAGAUUGGCUAAUAAAGCAAACAGGGUUGGUUCAGGUUCAAGCUUGGGCCAGCUCUUAGUGAUACUACUAUAGGUUAACCUGGGAUUCCCUCCACAUCUGGAACGGCGUCGAUUUUCGCUGUACAUCAAUUCCUACCAGGUCCGUUUGUGAGGUGAAUUUCAUGGCGGAUUACGGACAGCAAGAAUCACGCGAUAACGAGUUGUCUUUUGACACAUAGGCUAACCAUAGGAUCAGGAGAUUGUGUCCUUCCAGAAGAGGAAAUCCACUUCUAGACUUAUAAAAUCAGCAUCUCCUCAUCUAUGGUGUUAUCGGGGUGAAAUGCUGUUUGCCUGUUUGUAUGAUGGGAAAUACGAUCCGCCUGAAACACAGUGUUUUAUUUUGAAAAGAAGCCGGAUGUUUUAUUUUGUGUCUGUGCCCGACUUCCUUUCCAGCACGGGUUAAUCUUCGCUGAUCUUAUCCGGCAUCCCGCAAAAAUAGAACUCUUACGAUUAGUGAUAAAUCAAUAUCAACUGAUAUUAAAACAUAUUUCGUGAUAAACUUUUUCCCAUAUCACCCAGCCCUAGUUGCAGCGCUCUGCUAUCAACCAAAAAUGACUAAGAAGUUAACUAAAGCAUCAGAAAAUCUGACUGUUUACCAAAUACAACAACUGUACUGUAAAGGCCAACAUUACUUUAUUACUGCUGCACAACAAUACCAAAAACUUGUUUGACCACAUGUUCAGCUGAUGCUUAAAGCUGUCCCCUGGUUAAGGUUCUCAACCCUCCUGGGAAACUCAGUGUAUUUACAGAGGGGAACAUUCAGUCAUUUAGCUACUUAACUCAGAUACGCUGGAGUCGCUACACUGAGUCCCCGGGGGGUGGAGAGGAAAUGAGCAGAGAGGAUCUAGUUGAUGGGAUGAGCAUCAUCACCAGAGUAUUAUCAACAUGUCUGCCUCCAACCUUGGUUUUUUUUUCCUUCUUUUUUGCUGCACCUUUGAAACUGAUUUGAUUGCAUUAAUUAGGGAGCCUGAAUUAGUGGGCCAGUAUUAAUGUAGUAGACGGCCCUCCUCUCAUCAACAUACUGCAGGCACAGCGCUCUGACAGCUGUAUGAAACAUCAGGAUCCUCUAGAGCCUCAUUUAUGCAGACUUGAUAUUCAGUCCAAGAAAUUACAGUAUGAAAAUUUAUUCUGCUGCAAUUAUUUUAUUCCAGGAUACUGAUAUUUAACUAUUUCUAACUGAUAGUGGAAACGUUUGAUUUGAUGACUUUUAAGUGCACAAUUGAUUUCUCCGCACAAAGCUUUGAUGACUGGGAGAUAGUCUGUGAUUGGGACAGUAUUCAGACCUUGUUAGCGAUAAAACAGUCUUAAUAAGAUGUAAAACAUUUUGCUUCAAUAGUAAAGGUACUCCCAACACAGAAUGACCUAUCUCACAGAGAUCAUUUCUCCUGCAACACAAUCAAGACACUGAUGCAAGCAUGAUGUUAAUUUUGUCGCUGAUUAUGGGUGAGCAAAUCUUAAUUACUUCAUAGCUGGACAGCUGUUGAAUUUCCCCUGGGAAUAGAUGAAAUAUUGCCUUGACCUAUAAAAAUACAUCAUAAUUAGCAUUGAUGACACUCUGGAUUAUUUUUCUGGAUCUGAAAAGUGAAUUUUAAAUUAAGUGAAAUUUAUACUAGUUGCCUUUAACGGGAAAGUAGAACAAAAAUAUAAAUAAAAAUGCCUCUGUAGGGUCAUUCAUUACAGUAACAGUUUAAUUAUUCAAUUUUUUACUGGUUACCAGAUCACAUCAAUACAGAUGACGGGUGUGUGACUUAAACUACAGCCUUCAGCCACUAAGUAAACCGUUGCUAAUACAAUGAAAAUACAGGAACACAUCUGUACUGUAGGAACUGGAGGGUUCAAGAUUGGGCCAACCCAGUCCAACAAGACUUGCUCAACUGGCACACAUGCCAUUAAAUAUUUGGAAAAUGGUGUGUGUCAGUGUGGAAGUUAUUCAUACAAGACCACUGAACUCAUAGAAUAAAGCAGUUACAAUAAGUACUACUGACGAUUGUUUUUUUUCCUGUGCAAUGUUCAGGGCGUUUGUUGGCUAAGCAUUCAAGGCUUUAAUCCAUGUUGCAGCAGUCAUUUAUUCCUCCCCGACUCUUUACUCUCCAAAUCAACUCUAAAAUUAGGUGUAUAAGAUACACUUUCUAUACCUUUUCUGUCAUCUACAAAGUUUUGCAUGUUUAAGUUGUUGCUUGUUUAUUCAGGCGCCAUCUUCUGGGUAAUAUACAAAGACCCCCUCUACGUUUUCUCUGGAAUACUGCUCACACCAACAUCCAAGAUGCAGCUCACCUUUGUGCCCCAACGCACAAAAUCUUAAGGUACAUCUUAACAAAACAAGCUUGUUGACGCUCACUGAAGAUUUUCAGUUUUGAACGCACAAAACUACUUUAUCGUGAUUUGGAAAAGGUCAUAGUUUCAGUCUGCAGAAGCAGAAUGACUGACCUACUUACAACUGUACAUGAGAUAUUUAAUAAAGGUAACAAAACAUUAUAGGGUGUGCGUUAUAGAAGUCAACAACUGGUUUCAACACAGGAUAAAACCUGAUCUCUUAGGUGAAGAGGCCCAUAUCAUCAUUUGUUCUCUUCAUGCUUUAUCACCUAAAUUUAACACCACGUCAAGACUACUUGAGGACAGCAUGCAGGUUGAAAAUAAGCUUCAUUAUCAGGCUAGAACCUCUGCUUUCAAAAGUCUUUCAUCCAACAACUUGUUAGGUUAUGAAAACCUGAAACAGUCACAAAACCAGACUGCACAACAGACGUCAAACAGAGCUACACUGCCUUGUCCUGGUCAAAAAAACAGACAGGAGAAAAUUAGCGAAGAUUUCAACACGUGACUGUCCUUCCACUUGGUCUUCAUCCCUCUACAUUUCUACCUCUUGGAUGAAUAAUAAAGACAACUUGACUUGUGAGUGUUGCACAUGCAGCUCUCAAAAGGCCAUGCAAGCUGCUAAUAAACAUACAAAUUGAACUCUCAAUAUAAAUAAAUCAGCAUGUCAUGUUUAACCCCCUCAGCUUAUUAUGAAACAUAUCGCAUAACGUCUCCCUCAUAAAUUUAUCAUAAUUAGGGUUUUAACCGCCAACAGUUGCCACCCAGUCUCUCAGUGGGCGCCUGCUCUCGCAUAUAAAGAUUUGACAGCUGUACAGGAAAUCGUUGGAGGCCGAAACGCAGCAGCAGCAGAGAUGAGUGACGUUGACAAGACGGGGGCAUUUCUAUAACGGCUCGGCCUCCUGCCAAUCAAACGUAAAGCAAUCAAAACCUCAGAGACACCCAAUCUGCCGCCACACCUGUUUAAAACAGACAUGUGACCCCUAUAUAUGAUACUGUUAACUCAUGCAUUUAUUCACACAAUUAUUCCUCAUUCAUUCUAGUCUUAGCCAUUUGGUUAUGACGCUUUAACACAAAACCAUGUUGUAGUGUGUCUGCAAGUUCUAUAAAGUCUAAACAUUACAAGUUUUUUUAAAAGUUACAAAAAAAUAAAAAUAAAAUGUAAUCAACAAAACCAAAGAAGUAAAGAAAAUGAGGAGAUGGUGGGUCAAAUGAAUAACAGAAAUACAAAGAAAAGAGAGAAAAAAAACAGCAAAAAGAAAGAAAAUAGUCCCUGUAAUAUAAAGAAAAGUAGAAAAACAAAAGUAAUAAAAAAGAAGGAAAAAAGUCAAAAAGGAAAAAUAAAAAAGCAACGAAACAGAAAGAAAAACAGAAAGAAGUAACAGCAAUAAAAACAUCAAAUGAAAAGGAUGGAAGGAAAGAAGGAAGGAAGGAAGAAAGAAAAAAAGAAAGAAAGACAGACAAGAAAGGAAAGAAAGAAAGAAAGAAAGAAAGAAAGAAAAGACGACAGACAAGAAAGGAAAGAAAGAAAGAAAGAAAGAAAGGGAUGGAGGGAGGGAGGGAGGAAGAGAGCGUCUUUCAAGAUCAGCGUCUUUUAGGCUUUUUUUUUUCCAUUCGUACCGCCCCUGGACCUCUUGAGACCCUUCAAGCCUGAGACCUUUUCCUUUUACCUCUAGACUACUCUGGGGACCGCAAACCCCACGUUGAGCACCACUGGACUGUAAACCGCAGCUGAUUUUGAAUUUUCUCAAGCUGUCAAAAAUACAUGAAUUUCACAAAAGUCAGACAAAAAAAUGUGGUCGAAGAUGAAUGUGCCUUUUCUAGUUAGUUCCUCCAUUAACUUGAGGCCACUUUGCUUCAUCUUCAGGCCACCAACCACAUGAUUAGAAGAGCUGUGAAGCCAAAGUGAGUUGUUGUGAGAGGUGCCUGAUAUAUGUUCACAGCAGCAGUUUGACGUCUUAACAAGGAUUUUAAAAAGAAGCUGGAACAACAGUUUGAAUUUACAGGGUAUUUUCUUCAUGAAACCAGCUUGAGACCUCUUUUUCUUCUACCAGGGGACCCUUAAAGGACCUCAAACCCUAUAUUGAGAACCCCCUCAGGUAAACGUAACUGAAUUGUGCCUCUAAAAGAAUCUGCGGUACACGAUGCUGUAACCUGAUCAGCGUAAAGUGGAGCAGAAAGCUUGUGUCAGUGAUGGAGAAAAAUGAGAGCUGCUAACAUUCAAUUUAUGGGACAAAUCAAUGAGCAUUAGCAGAUAACUGAUACCACAGUGAAACGGUGCGAGCCCAACAUCCAUAAACCAUAAGCAAAUGUGUCAGGCUGCACACAGGUGAACACACACACACACACACGCACACAGUCAAACAGAGAAAUGCUAAUACGUCCUGUUACAGCGGUUCCAGUUUUAGAAACAACUGGCUGCUCUGUUUGUGUCAGCGGCGGCAGCAGCAGAUGGGAUCUUUCUCUCGAGGAAACUCUUCACUUAUGAAAACUGAAGGAAUGACUGCUCUCAUACUGCGUGUCUUCACUCACAGUCCCCCUGAGCUCCUUAUUCUUGAUUCUAUUCUGUCUCUAUUUCUCCAAAUCUGUCGCGCUCACUUUUACAUAAUUCCUGACAGAUUAAGUGACGAAAAAAAGGGAGUGUGAGGGAGUGUGUGUGUGUGCUGGAGACUUACCUGUGCUUUCUGCCGUCAUCCAGCUUGAACUCCUGCUGUUCCAUCUCUUCCUCCGAAUGUCUUUUUUUUCCCUUUUACCUGGUUUUGACUUGCCUCUCUCCCCUCGCAGCACCUGUAGGAGUGUGCAUUUAGACCCAGUCUCAGUGUGAGAGCGAAUAAGAGCGAGUUAACAGUGACUCUCUCUCUCUCCGACUCUGUGUGUGUUUGGCAGCUUUUGGAUGUCUGCACACUCCCCUGGAGGACUUCACGACGUGACAGCGAGCGUAUGUGAUCUCUCUCUCCCCCCCAAAAAAUUUCAACUCCUCACUUUUUCUUUUUUCUCUUUUCAUGCGUUUGUCAAGGUGCAAAAAUGUACAAGCGGUCCAGAAGGUGAAGACAGGACAUCAAAAAAGGAGCGAAGAGGGUGACAGAAGAUGAGCAUCCAGCCGGUGUGUGUUUGUGUGUGUGUGCUUAGCUCUCUGUCUGUUUCCCUCUGGCUCCCUGCUGCUCGGAUGAGGAAAGGAGUGAAAGAACGAGGGAAGCAGGAGGAUGAGGAGAGUGAUAAAAUGCCUCUUCAGCGGAGGAGCAGAAGACGGCGGCAACACUUCAACAGCAGUAGCAGCAGCGCUGGUGGCGGCGGUGGUGGUGGUAGUGGUGGCUGCUGUGACGCUUCCCCACCGUCUCCUCUUGUCUCCCCCGCUCCUCCACCUCCUCUGCCUCCUUUUCCCUCCUCCUGCUUGGGGGCGAAAGACACAACAGAUCCAUGGGAAGUUGGGAAAUCUCACGCAGGUUUUGGCAUGUUGGGAGCAAAAGUUUUCCCCCUCUUUUUUGUCCAGUUUUCAGUGAUGAAGGUACUCCGCAGGAAAAGAUCCCCUGGUGAUGAGGAUGAUGAUGAUAAUGUGCUCUCAGCUCCUGUGUGAAGAAAAAAGAGGAGUUAAGAAGAAAAUUUGGGUUUGUUCUCGCGCCCCAUGCCCUCUUUUUCCCAUAUGGAUGCAACCGAUCCAGAUGUUUGUUGAUGGUCAGAGCGUUGGAAACACAGCGGGACAGAUGGCAGGUCUGCGGGGUCGGGCAGGCUGUGCACUAGCAGGUCCUCAUCCUGUUGCACUGAUUUUUCCCUUUUUUUUUCUCCCACCAGUUUCUCUCCCUCUCACUCUCUCUCUCUCUCCCUCACCGCUCUGUCACACCAGUAAUCCUGCUUUCCAUUUCCUCUUUAACUCCAUCUUUUCUUUAUCUCUUUCUAUCUCCUCUCACUCCAUCACAGAAGGGGCUGCAUGUGCGUCCUGAUAAUAAUGGUGUGAGGAUUUAGCCUGCCUACCCUCCUCUCCCUCUCCUCCCUCUCACUCACUUCAGAGCAACCCCUCCUCCUCCUCCUCCUCCUCCUCCUCGCCAUCCCAGCCCUCUUUCACUCCCAUUUUCUCGGUAUAACUCACCUUCAUCCUACCAUAUAUCCUGCCUACUUUUCCUUAAAUCACCUCACUGUAUACCUCUUCUGUUGAACUCCUUAUCUCUGCCUUUUUCCCUCUCUGUUCCACUAUGAAUCCCAUUAUGAUUAUUGCUUUUCCACUUAGGCCCCUCCAGGCACUGUCGCGCGUUUAUCAGUGUGAAUACAUUCGUCCAAAGUCAAUAACCUGACAAACAUCAUAUUUACCUUGGAUGACUGACAGGGAAAUACACAAACAGGGAGAAUAACCAACAAGAUAAAGCAAAUACUGCAAUAAACCCUACAAAGCUUGUGCAUUAAAGGGGAUUUACCCCAAUUUUACACAUUAAUCUCAUCUUCAUUAAUGUGAAAUUAUAGAUAGAUAUUUUUUGUCACUCUGUACGUGCAGAAAACUGCCUCUUGUAACGCCCUAUGAAAUACGCCAGCUGUGUAACCAAUUGAAGAUAUGGUGAGAUAAUUGACCAAAAAGUGAAUACCCACCAACAAACAAAGAAGAAAAUGCAAUGCAAAAGGUUACAAACCCUGAGCUGAGCAAGAGGCCCACGGCGCCUGUGCCAGAAUUUUUUAUUUUUUUUUGUAGGAUGGUAGGAGAAGGUCCCGCCCUCCUUCGCCUCUGAUUGGCUAGAAGUGUUGGGCUCUGAUUGGUUAUUCCUAAUGGCUGUGAAACAUCAUUGUCUGUCGGGUUAGGGUUAGGGUUAGGAGAUUCAGAAGUGCGAUAAUGUUCUGUAAUGUUCUGUUCGAUGUAAAGAGCUGACGUUUGGCUUCAGUGUGUGAUGACGUUUCCAGCUUAUCUAGCCAAUCAGAGGCGAAGGAGGCGGGACUUUCCCCUACUGUCCUACAAAAAAAACUAUUGACGCCUAUGCAGCCAAAACAGCCGACCACUCAGUCCGCUUUCCCAAGCACAUCGCCUUACGACAAAACGUCGAAGAGACACAAAGACCUCACAGAUGCAGUAGCUUAUUGUAAUGCAAAAGACAUGCUACCAAUAAGCACUGUUAAAUUUAAUUUUUCAUAUUGUGAUAUAUAUCGAUAUCGGCUAAUAUGAAAAAAAUAUAUCAUAAUAAAUUUUUUCCCAUAUUGCCCAUCCCUAGUUACAAGACAUAAACACUCUACCUGGGGCGUCGCUGAUUCAUGCAGUCCUGUUCACCUGUUUGUUCUUACAAUCAGUGGAAAUUAAAUAUAAGUAAUAACCACUAACAUGUCACCAAAAAUGUUUCAUUUAUGAGCGAUAAAAACUGAUCAGUUUGGGAGAUAUUCGGCUUGAAAUGACAACAGCUAAUUUAGCUUGAUAAAGAAAUGUCCGGUUUAAAGGGUUAACGGCUACGUAAGAUGGCGAAGUUACCGAGGCUACCGUUACAACCGUUGCUACGAACGCAGUUUAAAUUGCUACAGUUAAAACCGUUGCUUCGAACGCAGUUUAAAUUGCUACCGUUAAAACCGUUGCUUCGAACGUAGUUAAAAUUGUUGAACGUAACGCACUAUCUUUAGUAGGAAAGUAGAAACACAGUCGUUUUGAAACGAUAAAGCAAAUCUCAGAGUUGAAACAAAUACUACAAAGCCGUUUCAUUCUCAGUUUUGCUCACCAAACAUUUCCCGUCGCUUAGCUAGCAAGAACUCACCCCGAAGAAGUCCGUUUCUAACAAUGUUCCAGGAAAAAAGAUUCAGAACGAACAUUAUUGUUUCCUCGGCAGGUAGGAACAUCUUCUUGACACGGUUAGCUCCAAAUAUCUCCAAACAAAUUGAGUCGCAAAAUUUUAAAACUUCUUCUUCACUCAGAAACGUCUGGAAAGUAUGCUGUCGAAGUGCCUUCUGGGAAAUGUAGGAAUGUAAAAGUGGAAGUUUUGGGAGCCAUUACCUUAUAUCAACUCCAAAUAUGCGAAUUACGGACUCUUUGUGUUGUUUUUUAUGGUUGUAAAAGAAAUAUCCUUAAAUUUAAGUCACUCUUCUAAAUGAAACACCCAAGUAACAAACAAAAUCCAAACUUUAUUAUAUUUUUUUAUGCAAGUGUAGAUUCAUUCAUCGAUGUCCUUUGAAAUUGAAAUGUCACGAUCCCCAAAAAUAUUGUAAGUUGAACAACAAAGACAGAAAAUAAAAUGUUUGUGGAAGAUUUGCAGUUAUAUGCAGAGGAGGUAAGCGUUGUUGGAAAUUGAGUUUGGAACUAAAUUGCUCCUUGAGAUGCUGUCAGUAUAUCAAAAAGAGCAGGAAAGCAAAGCUAUUAGGUGGUAUUCUUUGAUUUAAUAUUAUUCCUAACAGUCUGCUUGUAAUAUUUGGAUAUAAAAGAGGAUAUUUGGGCCUAUACACUGCAAGCUUACCAUAAGCCUUUGAGUAUUUAUCUAUGAGCAUGUUUAUUGGGGGGUUUUGUGUUCUCGAUAAUCACGUCCAUUCUGUGUUGUUAUGUUUGCAGCACGAAUUUGAAGAGGAUCGAUUAAGAAAAUAAUCACUGGCUGCAAACUUCAGCCCACAAAUAUCACAUUGUUACCUUGGAUUAUAGACAGGAUAAACACAGCAGCUUGUAAAACCCGAGAGACAAAACAAAUGUGGCUGUGAACCCUGGAAGUGUCUCACACAUACAAAUGUGACCGUGCUUUACGGCUUCUGUUUUGUUUCAGGUGCUUAUAGUGGAGGCAAUCAUCCGUCUGAGAGAAAAGUACUCCAUCCUGACUCUCACUUCUUCCAUUCUGCAGAGAGUGAGCACAUGUUUCUCCGGGUUAUGUUGACUUGAGGAAAUGUGUUUGUGUGCUGAGAGGAGAAAAUAGUGAGUAAUGCUGAGUGAGUGUUAGGGAGAGAAAAAUAUCUGAUUACCUCACACUUUUUUUCUCAUCUCUGCGUGGCUUACUUGUGACAGUUAUUUUGCAGAGAAGAAACAAACUAUUCUGCUUUCACUCACAUCCUGGGACGAGCGUUUGAUGGUUUUAAAGAGAGCUGUCUUUUUGCAGGUUAGCAUCACUCCUAAUAAAAGCUGUUUUCUUCCUCUUUCUCGGUCAGGUGACAGGCCUUUUAACACAACGCUAUAAAUACAGACGGGUGUUGAAAUAGAGUGUUAGAGAUGAGAGACGUGUGACUGAAGUGUCUAUAUCUGUUGGAGGUGUGUGUAGUAGAUACAGCGAUACCUCUGAAGAAUGGAAACAGACAAUAGAGGACAGAUGUUUCAAAGGAUGGUAUCUCUCUCUCUCUUUCUCUCUCUGUCUUUCUGUCUCUCUCUCUCAGCAGCUGGACAGCCUGCAGAGAACAUAUGUUCUCCGGCCAGCAGCUCGAUCACAUCCUCAGAUUAACUCUGAUUGAUUCAGUGAGGAACAACAUUAUGCUCGCAGGGAAAAGCUUGCUUGCUGACUGGCAGAUAAUUAAAUCUACAAUUUUGAGUGUUGUCAAGCAGGAUUUAUGUUAAAUAUAUGACUUGUAAGAUGUGGAUUUGUAGAGAACCAAUACGGCGUUUCACUGCAGCGUUUGUUCUUUGAGAUUGUCAACAAAUCCACGGCAGAACAUCUGCAGCUCAUAAACUCUGCAUUAACAUCUGAGAGUGUCAUGAGUGGUGAUGAAACAGUUGUUGUAGUUGAACGAAACAACAUUACUUACUUUUUCCAAGCCAAGCUUUUAAAAUUACAGCUUUUUUUUAAGGUCUGUAUCUCUGUUAAUUGUACACACUUGAAUUUUAUUGCAGUAGCUGGACAAAAACCACAACAUGAACAUCGUAUCUUUGGAUAUUCAAAACGGUUAUUGGCAUCGCCCCACUACUUUUUGACUCGUAUUGCUGUAGUCAACUCCCAUAGUGACAAAGUCAGUUUGGAACAAAGACAGAGAAAGUAAAACACUGGACUCUAAUAUCAAAACUUUUUACUUUCUACACCUUAACAAACAAUAUAACCCAAGUUGUCGCCUAAGUUAAAGCUCUAAGGAGUUCAUUUACAUUUAACUGGUCAAGACCAGUAAUUAGUCUUCCUUAUCACUUACGAGAAGGUUUCCCAUUUUGAAUAACUGUUAGGAGAAUUUUCUUUAGCCAAUCCCAUCAGCCUUUAGGGCGGUGGAGCCAUGCCACUCAGAUACCAUGGAUAUGUUGGUGUUAGAUUACUGGAGACAGACAACCAUCCUCAACAAAAAACCUUGUACACAUUUGUUAUGCUAUGGUAUUCCUCUAUAUGGUCUCUCCAUAUGUUCACCUAAGGCUCCUUAAAAUAUGUUGUCCUUUGUUUUUACCCUACAUGGACUCUUCUUAGGGUCAACUAAAUGCCAGCAGAAUGCUUAGAAAUGUGGACGACUGUAUAUAUUUGAGCAGUCUCAGACCAGUCAGACAUUCCAUUCUUUCAAGUGUAAACCUGAGCUAGGCAUCCUUACAAUAACAUAAAUUAGAAUUAGAAGACAUUGUAAAGUAUCAGUAGUAGUUGUUGUUGUUUUUUCUUUGAAUUAACAAUUGGCUUCCCUACAUUUCAGACAGACAACUCUCCCUUAUGUUAUGAAUCUCUGUUGAAAGACUCUGACCUCUGCCCUCCUCACAGCUUUACUUUCACAUAUUAUGGCAGUAGAGUUGAAGAGAAAUCGUGGAGUUAUUGACACAAUAUCUCAAACUCUGCCCAGUUGGAGCCUUCGGGUGGAUGCAGGAGUGGUUGGUCUGAAAAUCUGAGUCGACUACAGGCUGAGAGCAGAAAUCUUUCAGCUGAAACAGAGUGUCAAAUCGGGGUAUGUGUUUGUCAUGUGCUUGUGAGAGUGACGCAUGUCGAGUGAGAUAUCAAUGUGGCUUAAGUUGACUGUCUGAACUAGUUCUCAGGCUUUGCUCUAUUCAUCUAUGUUGAAAAUUUACCCCAGUGGCAGCCCAAACAUGUGUAUAACUGCGACCCAAGGAUUCAGCACCAUGGACAGCACCUCAUAUUGGGGCCAAGGAUUUUCACAGGACAACAGUUGUUAGUUCUUGGCAGGUUUGGUAAAUCAUCCUUUAUUUUGGCCCCCUCUGUUAUGUGCCAGUGGUCCAGGUAUGAGCAAACUGUUUUUCACCCCAAACAGUCGAGUUAAGCCAGUAAAGCAAAGCACACAGGCCAGGUCAGUCAACAUGAGGUGAGUGGGGCCACUUUCUGCGACACAAACCUUAUUCAUGCUUUACUGUAUGGCAAAGAGUUAACUAAGAAGAUUAAGAGUACUCUAAUGUUUGCUCAGAAAAUGUAAUCAGUAACUAGUUCGCAAAGUUUAAGAUAAAUAAUAGAAAAAAGGGGAACAAUGACCUUACAGAUGAUUAAUGAGCUAUUCGUUCCUUGUGGCAUAAAAUGGUAAAAUUGCAAUUAGUGUCUUUUUUCAACUCUACAAGUAUAGAAGUGUCCGACAGUUUUUCAAUAAAAUGUUGCAACUGGAGAGGAUAAGACACGGCAUCACUGAAGUAAAAAGCAAAAAAAUAAAUGGGAAACGAAGAGAAAGAAGCUCAAAGUGGUCAUACAGGAUAAAAUAGAAAAAAACAUAGAUGGGAAAGAACUGACCUGUAUUAUAUGUGCACUUUCCCAGACGCCUAAAGAAGGCACUUACUUAAUCUCUUUACCAUGAAACUCUGACAGCUAAAGUGCAGUCCCUCCAAAAGAAGCUCCAAAACUGACAGGCAACAAGAAAUAUGGAUAAUAUGAUCCAUCUAUAAGGUAGAUAUAAUCCUCAGUGAGUUGAAAUGCCUUUGAUAGUAAGUAGUCCAGGGGGUUGAAAUAGUCCAUAACAAAAGUAACUGCACUUCUAACUUUUGACGUGUAGUUUGAGAGUUUUAUCUCAUUGCUAUUGUUAUGGACUGGGGUGUUCACACAAGGGUUAAAAGUGACAAACCAGGAACCUUUGAUUUUAUGUCUCUGAGCUGGAGGUUAUUUGGAAACAUCUAAGAUUAAUCUCUGAGAAACACCAGGCUUUAGUGUGGCUGAGGUUUCCGGCAUCACUGGGUUUCAGUUUGACACAGAGUUGUGUCAUCUGCAUAGCAAUUAGAAACAAUUUUAUGCUCACAAAUUACAUGCCCUUAAGGAAGAACACAAAUUAAAAACUAUGUGUCAAGAAUCAAACCCUGGGGAGCAGUAACAAGUGAAGACAGCCAGAGAUGAGCCUGUGUUUUGAAAAGUGAAUUAUUACAGAAACAUAUUAACUACAAGUCAGUCUGUGUAGCUGAACACUUUUGUUUCAGUGGUGAUAUGUCUAAAUGUAACAUAUCACGAUCAACACGUUGUACCAAAUCAGGUUGUAACAUGUAACAGAUCCCACAACUUGUCACAUUGCCAUAUAUCAGUGUUAAAUAUUACAUUUUUACAUAUUACACUUUAUCAUUUUAUGUAUCAUGUCACUCGUCAUUACUCUGUGACAUCACAUUGUAACGUAUUACAUUGUAAUGUAUGAGACCAUAACAUACCUCAUGACUAUGUUCAUGUCAUAGCAUUGUACGACUUUAGAGUAACACAUCGUAGCGGAUCAAUUUAUAAUGUAUCAUUUUGAAGUGUACGACAUGGUUUGUGAUGCAAUGUAGAAUUUUGUGUCACAUCAUAAUAAUGAAUAGAAAUGUUUCAUAUAGUAUCAUAUAGGAUUGAAUUAAAGGGAUAUUCCGGCAUAAAAUAAAUUUAGGGUCAAACACACUGUAACACCGAGUUAGACACCCCCUCGAGAGAUGAAUGUGGACGACCACUUGCUUCUCUAGUUAUACCAACUUAAGUAACAACCGCAGAUAGCAAUACACAGCGGUCUGAGGAGCCAUAAACAAACCUCAAAACGCCACUCUACAGCC